CAAACAGCAGACUGCUUUUUCAGAACUCUGUUCAAACAGACAUGAGCUAAAGAGGAACACAUAUUUCCUUUACAUUUAAUUGCUCGUUCAAUCUGACCUUUACAUUCCGCUGGCUACUUAAGCACAGAUCUUGCCUGUCCAAAGAACCACAUGCAGUGAAACUGCAAGCCCCAACCGUGAAUGGAGAAGGUGAAAUAAUUACCCUAUCGAUUCCACUUUCCUGUCUAUGAAGAUCUCAAAAAGCAUUUAAAAAAUGCAAUCACAAAAUAGCAGUCUGUUUGCACACCAGCCUCUUGAGUUUAGAAUAGGUGCAAUUACCUUCUAUGCAAUUAUUUUCACAAUCGGGCUUUUCGUAAAUGCAACUGCAAUCUGGGUCUUCAGCUGCACCACUAAGAAAGGCACAUCUGUCAACAUAUACAUGACGAAUGUGGCUCUACUGGACCUCAUUUUCAUAUUACUGUUGCCUUUCCACUUAAUUUACUACAGUAAGGACUACUGGCCUUUUGGCGAUAUCUUCUGCCGCAUCAGUGCUGCCCUCAUCAUAUUUUACCCCAGCAUCGCCCUGUGGCUUUUGGCUUUCAUCAGUGUUGACCGCUACAUGGCAGUAGUGCAACCUAAACACAGCAAGGAACUUCGUAACAUUGGCAAAGCUGCAAUAAGCUGUGUUGGGAUCUGGGUAAUGACAAUUAUCUCUGUUCUUCCAUUCAUGUUUUCCAAGAAUGAUCCUGACAGGAUUUCUAAUUUUACAACCUGCUUGAAAAUGCUUGACAUUAUUCACUUGAAGGAAGCCAACAGUCUCAACGUCAUUCGAGUGAUUUUGUUCUUCCUUCUUCCCCUCUUUAUUAUGAUCGGGUGCUACUGCAUUAUCAUCAACAGUCUCAUAAAAGGAAAGACCUCCAAACUGAAGCCAAAAACAAAGGAAAAAUCAAUUAAAAUAAUCGUAACACUGAUUGUUCAGGUGCUUGUUUGUUUUGUUCCGUAUCACAUCUGCUUCAUUUUCUUACUAUUAAAUCAUAGCCAUAGUGAUUUCAAUGCCUGGGCUGCCUUUACAACAUUCCUGAUGAACCUCAGCACUUGUCUGGACAUGAUUCUGUACUACAUAGUUUCAAAGCACUUUCAGGCCAGAGUCAUCAGUGUCAUCUACUAUCGGAACUAUCUGAGGAGUGUACGAAGGAAGAGCUUCAAAACUGGAAGCUUCCAUUCUCUGAGCAACGUCAACAUUAGCAAUAUGUAAAUUAUGGAAUAUGGACAAGAUAAAUGUCUGGUCUUGUGUUUCAGUAUUUCCAAGUACUUUAUAAACAAGUACAUUUUUAUUUUUGUGUAAAUGCAGUAAUUGAAAUGCCACUGCAGAUAAUCAGCCAGUUUAAGCAUUCAUAAUGUUGUUAAUGAAUCAAAAAACUUUGGUCAGAAAACUAGGUGAAUAUAUUCAGAUAUUCUCAAUAAAUGCUUAUCCUUGAAUAUUUAACAAUGAAAUCACUCUGCUUUGUAAUUUAACAACUUUGCCAUCCUAUUACUAGAUCAUCAAUUCAAAAGAUGCAUAAGCUAUACACUGUUCUGUAUAGUUCAUAUCUUGAAUAAUGGGAUAUAUAUCUUGCCGGAAUGAGGCAUUGAGUGGAAUCUGGACACAAAUGACAGCAUGUGAUGUUAAUUGCCAUUGUUGCUCCCAGUAGAUCCAACCUAAUAAAUUAUCUUCAGCAAGGCACAGGGAAAACAUCUGAACUUGAAGAUGAUACAGAUAUGAACAAGAUCAAACUCUAUUGAGAGUGGGUCCAGUUAUUUUUUUCUUGCUCAUGUCGAGGUCUUGAAGCCUUGGAAUAAAAAAUGGAAGCAUUUGAGAACUACUUGAAAGCGUUGAAGAGACGAGGUUGCUCAGACAUGAGGGGACUCAGUCCUAAGAAUGCCAUUGAAUGUCAAGGACAGGUCGUCAAAUUCUCUCUUGAUGAAGACAGGCAUUUCCUAGGAUUUCUGUGGUCUAAAUGUUACUUUACACUUAUCAGCCCAUAUCUGAAUGUUAUGUAGAUCUUGCUAUAUGUUAAUGAUGAGAAGUUGCAACUGGAUUGAAUGGUGUACAAUGUCAGAAAACAUUCCAACAACAGUCCUUUAAGAUGGAAGGCAUGUUUCUGAAUCAAUAGUGAAAAUACUGUCUUGAGGACUCCUGUAGCGAUUUAGCACAAAAAAUGCUGGAGGAAAUCAGUAGGCCAGGCAGCAUCUAUGGAAAAAAGUAAACAGUCAAUGCUUUGGACCAAGACUUUUCAUUGAGUCCUGAUGAAGAGUCUCAGGCAAAAACGUCAACUGUUUACUCUUUUCUAUAGAUGCUGCCUCUUUUGCUGAGUUCCUCCAGCAUUUUGUAUGUGUUGUUUUGGAUUUCCAGCAGCUGCAGAUUAUCUCCUGAAUCAGAAUGAUGAGCAACAACCACACCAUCUGCCUUCAUCCAAGAUGUGACUUCAAUAAUUGGAGUGAUUUCCUUUUAAUACUGAUUGACUUUAGCUUUACAAAAUUCCCUUGAUACCACAGUUGGUUAAGUACUGCUUUGAUGUCAAGGUAGUCACACUCACCUCUCCCUGAAAUUCACCACUUCAGCGAAUGCUUGGGCCAAGGCUGUAAUAAGGUCUGGAGCAGAAUAGU